UUGAGCAAAGAGAAACGCAUUUGUGCGGUAGCGGCCUGCCAGACAAACUUGGAGAUCCAAACUUCACAUGUGUUAGACGUUGGGCUUAACGAUGGUUUGCGGAGGCUUCACUUGUUCGAAGAAUGCGCUGUUUUCCCUAAAUGUGGUUUAUUUGCUGGUGGGGGCGCUGCUGAUCGGCGUGGCUGCGUGGGGCACGGGCUAUGGCUCCAUCUCCAGCAUCCACAUCAUCGGGGGCGUGAUCGCCGUGGGAGUCUUCGUGCUCCUCAUCUCCCUCAUCGGCCUCUUCGGGGCCUCCAGGCACCACCAAGUCCUGCUGUUCUUCUACAUGAUCAUUUUGUUCAUAGUGUUCCUUUUCCAGUUUGGAGUGUCAUGUUCCUGUUUGGCCAUCACAGAGGAGCAGCAGGGGAAGCUGCUGGAGAGGUCGUGGCAGUUUAUGACCCCUGAGAUGAGGCAGGACCUGGAGGUGAAUAUGGACUGCUGCGGCCUCCUCAACACCACCGACCCCGGCAGCUCCUUCAACCAAGACGUGGAACAGUGCAGGGCGGCGUGUAAGCAGAAGCAGGAAUGCUCCACCUGUGGGGAUCUGAUGUUGCAUCACGCCGGCAAAGUCCUGAAGGUCCUUGGAGGAGUUGGACUCUUCUUCAGUUUCACACAGAUUUUCGGGGUGUGGCUUGCCAUGCGGUAUCGGAACCAGAAAGACCCACGGGCCAAUCCCAGUGCCUUCCUCUAAGACGGAAGUCGAUGAGUGGCUAAAGUAGUCAAUUGUUUACUACAAACAAAAAAUAUGUCCACACACAGACACGUACAGACUCAUUUGUACACACACGCUCACACACACACACUCACACACACACACACUGGAUAGACUGGAUGUACCACCCAUUUGAAACUAUCUGCACUUUGAUAUAGGUAGACACACCACACAACUUUCCCCACUAUCGGUCAGCAUUUCUGCUUGCUCCUGGUGGUGUGUACUGCUUCAUCUGAACUGUGUAGAAUAGUUUUUCCAACCUGUGACCUGUUUAACAGUUAUAGACAUCCAAUUGUGCAAUGAUUUAAGUUAGUUAGUUUUAAGUUAUUUAACCAUAAACCUUACUUAUUCCACUUCAAGUCUUUUUCGACACCAGAAAAAAAUAUAUUUAUGCAUUUCAUGUGUUACUAUGUCUCUCUUGGUAAAGGCAAGUAAAUUGUUUCUGUAACUUAGAUGGACAGAACAUGGUAGUGGCCUACAUCUCACACUCUGUCUCUCUCAGCCUCUCAGACUUUCAAUGUUGUUUUGGCUGGCUUGGUUAUCGAUUAUAGUCUCUUUUCAAGAGGUCUGUGUUUCGUUCUCUGAUGUUUUUUUUCUUUUUAAGAUUUGCAACCAUUUCAAACAUGUAUUUUGUGUUAACUCUUUCCAGACAGAGUCUAGUGUAGUGUUUCACAAUGGGGCGGUACAGCCUCCCAGGGGGCGUUCGAGAACUCUAGGGGGCGUUGAGAAGGAUACAGCUGAGAGAGGCCAGUGCUUACUUGCCAUUGCGGGCAUUAGUCCAUUUAAUUUUUGAACACUAAGGGGGGUGUUGUCAGUCUUGUGAUGAUGUCAAGGGGAUGUUGGGAGGCUUGUGAUGAGGCCAUGGGGGCGUUUCUUAAAAAAAGGUUGAGAACCACUGGUCUAGUGGGUUCUUCCUGUUGGAAUGAUAUUUUUUCUGGCCAGCAAGGUCACAUCAUGUCAUGUGUUCUUGUUGCGUCGUGACCAGACAUGCCAAAGAUUCUCUCUCUCCGGUCACAGGCUUCAGGUCUGUCGCAGAGCUGUGAAAGACACUCUUGUGUUCACACGAGGGAGCGAGAGACCCGCCUCUCCCUCCUCUGUUCCUCCACGGCUCUGUCUUGACUACUCGCCAGUGAAGUUACCGUGCCAAACACAAAGGGCUCUUUUGACUUCACUGUGACGAAGAGAGGGAGAGGGCGAGAGAGAACUUGGAGAGCUUAGCUCCGGACUUAAUGGAGUUCGCAUUCGCGUGCACUCAUUUGGCACUAUCGGAGGUAGCGCUGCUGCAGACGACAUUAAACUCUGACUAAAUCUAACCAAAGGUCCGCAUUUUUCACAGUACGUUAACACAGUAUAUGCAUUAGACAAUCUUUUUUUUUCAGUACAGAUAUUUAUUGCUGUAGAAAUAACCUUGUAUGGGUGGUUGGGUUUUUUGUUUGUUGUUUUUUGCUCAAAUAAGGGUAGGCCUACACAUUUACAAAAAUCUUAAUUGUGAUUUGUUUAUGCACACAGACACAUAUUAUAUGUAUGCAUGUCUUGUCAUGCCUCAUGUUUUGGUGUGUGUGGGUGGCUCAAUGCCCAGCGGAAGGAGUGUGUGUGUGUGUGUGUCUGUCUGUCUGUGAGCCAGCAGGGGUCACCAUAGGCCCUGCUUCCUUCCUGUGGUCUCCCUAGUAACCACACUGAACCAUAGACAUACACAGUAUACAUGUCCAGGGGGGACAAAGGGGAGGGACUUGUCCCGCCCCAGGGAGAAGGGGCCCAGAAUCGGCUCCUCAUUACAUUUUAUGUACAUUCAUGUAUUGGGUGGGGAGGCCCUUUCAGAUGACUUUGACUUGGACCUGGCCAGAGCUAUCAUCGGCCCUGCACAUGUCUAUGUAAUAGCUCGGUAAAGCUCUGCCAACGUCCUUUACUGAGUUUGCCACCAGACCUGUGUGAAUGGAAGUUCCAACUAUGCAAUCCAUUAAGAGAAAAAGAAUGGACAGCAAAGACAACUAUCGAUACAAAUACAUAAUACAACUAUGGAGCUAUUUGAUGCUCCCUUGACUGGGUAUGCCACCAGCUCUCUGUACUGUAUUUGUACAUUCCUCCCACAUUAUCCAUCAAUUCAGAAAUACAAAAGGCCCUUUUGAUAUAAUGGAAAAUAUGAAAGGCAAUCUAUCACAUUGUGCCUGCCAAGGAUAUGCUUAUUAUGUUGCAAAAAUCAGACGUGAGAGUGGCUGUGAGAGUCAUGGUGAGAUUGUACGUUGGACAUUGGAGUGUGAUUUAUUUUCCUUUUUUUGUAAGUUCUUUAAGACCUGAGUUGGAAAAGCAAAUAUAAAACCGGGUGGAGAGAUGAUCAAUCAAACAGGCAUCUGUCUGCAAUCAUUUUAAUUUCUGUUCCAUCAUUAUGCUUAUUUUGAUGUUAAUGAUUUGUUUUGUUUUGCUGUCCAAAUUGUCGAUUUUUCAGUUUUACUCAUUCUGAUUUUAAUGAUUUGUUGUGUGUUCAAUGCCAGAUUGUUGGAUUUGUGUUGUGUUGUGCCUUACUCUGUCAGCAUCUGACUGGUCCUUUUCAUUUCUUGUUUAUUGUAUCCAAAGACAACAUAACGUACCAUUUGCCAAAGUGCUCUUACUUGAAAUAUGAACCAUGAAUCACCAAAUUGCCUUGAAGGGAAGGGAAGUAUUAAUUAUAUUCAAGCACUUGCACCGCAUGAAAUAUUACCAAACAUUUCACAGAAGGACAGUGCCUUAGAAACGCUACUAUCUAUCAAUCUCAAAAUACACAUCACAUGUGACUAAUCGUUAAUGUAUGAGAAUAUCUUUUCAUGGUACACAUAGUGACUUUAAUAGAUAUUCCCUCCAUCAUGUAACAUCUGCCUACAUGUCAAAUAAAAGAUAAAUACAAAAAGGAUUAUUUUGGUAGGUCAUCAUACUAUAAUACAAUAUUUUAAUCCAGCAAAUAAUGUUGCCCCCAUAUUUUGUGACAACCAUCAUGAUGUGUAUGUGAAAACAAACUUGUAUAAAAUAAUAAAAUGCAAAGAUACUAUAUUUUGUGUAU